UGGCAUAGCGUUUAGUCAGUGGAGCUACGCCUGUUCGAUUGGUCCCAUUUUCCAGGACGGUCCGUGCGCGCCUGUCGAAGUGUUUCGGUGAUGUAAAAAAAGUGUUCUAGUGUUACGAGAAGGAUUCAGUUUCGGUUAGGGUGUAACCCAAAACAAUAGAAUUUUAUGAGAAAGGUGCUUCCGGUAGACCGCAGUACGAACAAUUGUGGUCGGGAGAUCUGGUGGUUUUGAAAUUUUGACGGGAACCGUGUAAUAUUUCGCUACAAGCGAAGCAUGACAAAUAAAACAUAAUCUUGUUGCUGGGGAUGGUGAAAAACAGCAGAAAACAGUGCGAUACUGAAGUUGUAAAAUUAUUAUUGGAAUCCGAGCGAAUGUCGGUGGCAAAGAAACAAAAAAGAAAAGUUUGCAAACAUAUCGAAGUUGGGUGCGGGAAAAGUUGAACGUUCACAUUUUACGCGUUUCCUGACGCCAAGGAUUAAACUUAUCGUGUCAUCGAUUAGACAUUUCACUGCGACCGACGGCUACGAGUGGGAAUUAGGCAACGAACGAGUGUUCCACGGAAUAGCAAUCGACUGACGACUUGUGCGAAAACGAAAAAGUUUUUGAUUAAAACAAGCGGAUUAGAGUGAUAGACGAUCGCCGAAGCCGGAUACGAAGUCGAAGAAAACAGACCCACUGAAAUGAGAUCAAUCGAAAUAUAUAUUAGUGUGUGACUAUUUUCAUUUGCUGGAGGUAGGUGAAAAAUCGGUUUAUUCUGUGCGAAGGCAAUUCCAGGAUCAGUGCAAGCAAUAACCAAGUGGAUUGAAUCAAUUCUACAAACAACGGAUCGGCCCUGGAAUUCGAGCCUCUAAAUCCUGACAAGUGGUUUCCAUUAUUGUGUCGAGAACGAAAGCAAUCAUUCAGAGAAAAAAAAAUCCGGAAAGUACAUGCGGAAGUGCAAAUUGGAUUCAAUCGCCGACGGUUGUGUUUGACAAAGUGUUCUGGUAUUUCCGUUGUCAUUAGCCUUAGUUGAAGAUUGAUGGUCGAUGGCAGAUGACUGAUUGUUUAGAUGUACACAGCAAAUCGCCGGCUCCAGAGAGACGUACAGCCAGCCGCCACACCGUAGAAUCUCCGAAGGCAAAGAAACACGCAAUACCCGGUAUCUGACAUCGACCGUUUCGUUUAACGAUCCGAGCACCAGCGAAUCAUUCGGAAAACUUUUUCCCCUGCAUCAUGAUGACGUUUCAGCGCUAGGAGUGUGAAGUGAAAUGAGUUUCAAAACUCUGCAUAACCAUCGGGAGAAUUAAGAAUCGGAGUUAGUCUACAGAAGGAAAGAAGAAGAAAACAACGAAAUUGUGUACCGAAAAAAGGAAAGUGGAAAAUAACAAUAAUAGGGAAAGCGAGAGAACGUGUUUGUUCACCCAUUCCGCCCCAUUCAACGCCCGAUGACUGUGCGAGUUCAAGAUUCUGCCGGAAUUUGCUGGUUUCGGUGAAAAAAGGAUCACCCACGAGAGAGCGUUAAAUCCGAUAAGCGAGUGAGUUGAGCAAGGCGUAACUUGGUACAGCAGCAUCGGCACCUUUUGUAAAUUUUACCAGGAGUGUUUACCUCACAGCAGCAGCAGCAGCAGCAGUAGCACCCUUGGACCGGGCAGGUGGGGGAGGUGAGUUUUACGGUUCACCACCACCCGGAGUCGUACAACGCAAGUGGUCCCGAAGCAGGUGCAGAGAACCGCGUUCACUGAACAGCACAAGUGUGUGAAGUUAUCUCGUAUGCAUACGCCAAGUACUACGGUUGCCACUACAGACAUCAUCGUAUGAUAAAGGAGUGCAGAAAAAAGUAGCACAGAACGGAACCGAAUAUGUGGCUCCCAGCGGUUAUGGAUUUACGGCUCCCGAUUCUCUGUUUGCUGAUAGUAGCAGAAGCAUCGCUUGGAUUACGUAACGUUCGCGUCACGGUGCCGACGGCGAUCAGGAAGGGCGAGGCAGCGCAUCUGUACUGCAACUACGAGAUGGAAGACAAGGAACGGCUCUACUCAAUCAAGUGGUACAAGGGGAAACGGGAGUUCUUCCGAUAUACGCCCCAGGAACAACCGUCGAUGAAGGUGUUCAACACCGUCAGUGGGGUCGAGGUGGAGCGCGCGCUAUCCAACGAGAGUCACGUGGUCAUAAAAUCCGCAAACGUUUCCGGAAAAUUCAGCUGCGAGGUGUCUGCGGAUGCUCCUUCGUUCCACACAAUCAUCGUAUCCGGUGACAUGGAGGUGAUAGAGCCUCCGGUGGACAACCCGUCGAUAAUUGGAGUGCAAACAAGGUACCGUCCGGGGGACAUUCUGCGUGCCAACUGUUCUUCGCUCCACUCGAAACCGGCCGCCAAUCUGACGUGGACAAUCAACGAUGUACCGGUACUGCAGCAACAAACAAGACAAUACAGACCCAUUCGGGAUGCCAGCACGGGACUAGAAACGUCUGUACUGGGGAUUAACGUGAUGGCUUCCCACAGUCACUUUAUAAAAGGAAAAUUGAAGUUAAAAUGUGACGCAUCGAUACAUCAAAUCUAUCACGAAAGCACCGAACGGCUUCUGGAGGAAGACCGGCCUCGAAUAUUAGCGACCGGUUCGUCCAGUGGGCACAAUAUGAACCUGUUCCAAAGCAGUGUUUACGACGGAGAACUGACCGAUCAGGGCGACCGGUAUCUCACGAUGAACGGAUACAAAGCAGACAAAUCCUCACCACCGACAACUUCGUCCGCAGGAAUGAUGGUGGGAUCAUACGUAAAAGUAUGCUGGAUAACUUUCUACAUCUGCACUAUCUGCACCGUGCUGCUCUACUCGCUUCGGGUUGGGAUUUCCUGAUUGUACAACCUGAAGGAGAUAAUCAAAAUAUAAACGCCCUGCCGCAUCCAGCCCCCGCUACCCCACCCCCUCUCCAGUGGCAUUUCACAGCAUCACAGCAUGAAUGCAGUCGACGUAGCCUGGCGGUAGUGGAAAACUUUGGAGAGAAACAAAAAAAUAUGGAUCGGACUAGAGAAAAAUAAUCUAACAUUAUUGGGCAAAUGCCGGAACUGGAGCCAACAGAAAAGAAAGAAAAAAAAACACAGUACUAGAAUUGAGAAAUUGUGAAAUAACAAACAACGCCAUCAUUUGCUUCCAAAUCGCCGCAUCUUUUACUAGCAGCGAUCGAACAGUAGUGGAGUAUGUUGUUUUUUUUUGUUACCAAGAAAAAUUGAACGAUGCAUCGAUGAUGUACAUCGAGUUAUGCAAUGUGAAACAGAGCAGAAAAAAAAUUAACGAUGCAAUCCAGCUUCCAACGACUAACUGGCGCUUGAGAGGUGCCAGUUGGUUCACUCUAUUACAGAGUCACGCUACGGGAGUUCAUGUUUGCUGCAACCCUACCGAACAGCGAACACGGAAUGUUGGUUUGAGUUUUGUGGAAUUUGAUGAAGUGGUUGUACCGUGUGUAGGUGCAUGGUCAUCGACCAUUUACGGAGAUAGAGAAAAUAUGCACCACGAGCAAAAUGAAUAGAAGUUAGUUUCAAUUAGUAAGUAAAGGGCACUAGAGCAUACAUAAAAGCGGAAGUGUAAACUGAUUAUUCAGUUUCAAUGAUUAGGUCGAUCAAGCUGUUGAGUUAUGAUUGAUGCCGGAGGCUUCUGUAGAGUCGAAUAGAAUGAUUUGCCGUCAGGAUAUGGUGUAGUAAAAAAACAAAACACAGGAUAUAGUUUCAAUUUUUUAUUUUGUUCUUCAUUGCCACUAAGUAACAGUCCUCAACAGUUCUCUAAACUAAUUAGUAACAGUUUUAACACUUCACUACAGUCAGAGUUAAAUAGCCACCGCCAAACACGCUGAAUAAACGGCAAACGAAUGAAUGAAACAACAAAACAGAGGAAUCCGCAAACAAUGGUCCUCCUGGGCCCCUGGAAAAGAGACGGAAGCCCACCCUAGUGUAAAUAUGUGUAGUUAAGAGAAACACAAACAGUCGAACAACCAGAAUUGUUGGUACAGCGAGGAAGUGACACAAAUCCAGCAGCUUUGAAUUCAGAGCGACCCGACCGAAAGAAUGAAAUGUUGCAAUUUUAAACGGUUUGAGGAAUUAUUCAGAUUUGCUGUCACACGGACUAUUGUGAGUCGAGAUGCGCUUCGGUUACAAGUAAAUUGAGAAAUGGAUGAGGAGAAAUAAUUGUUGCUAAAACUCAAACGGAAUUUUUCAACAACAACCGUUUUAUGACAUGAAUACGGCUUACUUUACUAUUGGGCUCAUUUUCAAAAUUUACCCUCUGAGAGAGUGAUAAGUUUUUGAUCGUGAAUAUUUCUUAUUGUAUCUAACGGAUUUGUUGUAACGUUGGCUGCAUUCUAUCACAAAAAAUGAUCAUCAAUUUAUGAUAAAACUUUCAGUUGUAUGACAUAAUCACAAAGCAUUCAAAAUUAAAGUUUUCUGAAAUGUUUGGUUUCGACUGAGCAGGAAGUAAAUAAAGAGCAUCAUUCCGGUUGGUUCAGAUCCGAAACUCAGUUCCAGUUCUAGUAUUAAGAAUUCAGUUCAGUAUUAAAUCAAAUGCGAGACGUUUGCAGAGCCAGUUUCCAUUCAAAGAAGAUCGAUUGCGUCAUCCUGCUGAUGGUCGUUUGCAUUCAAGCAAAACACAACACAAAGUGGACAAUGAUAGGGAACUUAAUGAAAAAUCAACCCAACUUAAUGCAAAAUCAAUCCAAAUGUUAUAAAUGUAAAAAGUAGAGCAUCAUUCCGAUUGGUUCAGGUCCAGAGUACAGUUCCAGUUCUAGUAUCAACAAUUCAGUUCAGUAUUAAAUCAAUUGCAUGACGUUUGCAGAGCCAGUUUCCCUUCAAAGAAGAUCGAUUGCGUCGUCGUUUGCGUUGAAGCAAAGUACAACGAAAAGUGGACAACGAUGGGGAACAUGGCUCCAAAUGUUAUCUAUAGAACUGAAAAGAUUGUCUCUUUGCAAAUCGGAGAAAAAAUUGUCAGUUUAUAGCAAAUCUAGAAUAAUUUGAUUAGCUCGGUACACUUUUAGCAGUGCAAAAUCCGCACCAAACGAUUGAGAAUAAAGCUAGAAUUUGACUGCUUUGCAUUCGAGAAAAAUACUCCGAAUAAUGUUUAAUAUCGCAGAGAAUUCUGAAUGCCAGAAAUGAAUCCCGUACAGUAUUUUUAAAGGUUCUUUCACUGAAAUAUACAAGCCCGAAAAGAAAAAAUCGACAUCAAAAUUCUAUAUGCUGCUAUUUUUGUGGCCCUUGGGACCGCCCAUUUGUGGCGAUAAAAUGAAGCUCUUAACCAAAAUUGGUUCAGUAUUGAAUCAAUUGCCAUUGUUAGCAGUUCUACUACGGGAUGCUUACUAAGCCAGUUUCGCUUCAAAGAAGUUCGAUUGCGUCAUUCUGCUGAUGGUCGUUUGAAUUGGACAAAAAUAUAAUGAGAAGUGUACAAUGAUGCGGAACAUAAAUCGAAAUCAGCCCUUCCGAUGGCUCCAAAUGUUAUUAAAUCAACUAUAAAGAUUGCUUCAUUGCAAAACGAAGAUAAAAAUCAUAAGUUUUUUGCAAAUCUACAAUAAUUUGAUAAGUUUUAUUCAAUUCGCACUACAAUAAAGUGCAAAGAAAGCCAGCGUUUGACUGCUUUCCAUUCGAGAAAAAUGCUCCGAACAGUUUUCAAUGUCGUAGAAAAUUCCACAAUUCAGCUCUUCUGAAUACCAAAAAUAAAUCCCGUACAGCAUUUUGAUAGAUUCUUAAAUUAAAUACGUGCAAAUCCGAAAUGAAAAUUCAACAUCAAAAUUCGGUAUGUUGCAUUUCUUUUGUUAUUUUCAUUUCUUCCGUGUUAUUUAAUUGUGCGGUAGAAAAUAUUUGUCGCCAAUAUGUUAAUCUUUAGUAUAAAUUCACCGUUACAAUUCUGGAAGCGAAGCAGUAGAAGUUGCGAAAUUCACACAAUUAACUACUAUUAACGAUUAUCAUUUUGAUUCGUAUUCACGUCCUCCAGUUAGGUCUGUGACGUUACUCACCCGUAUUUUUCCAUCUCUUUUAAUUUAAUUUUUUCUCACAAACAAUAGAAAAAAAGUGUUCGUUAUACAUGCAUUUGGGUCAAGAAUCAACACAAAUUGGUAAAAGUGCAACGUUCCCCUGUUUGUUUGAAGAUUGGUACCUAUUUGUUGCGUUUAUGUUGCCAAAAUGUAAACAUCACUGAAUUCACCGAGAACGAAAGCCAAUGGCCAUUGAUCCCGGCAUAACUAUUCCAACUCAAUCAUGAAAUAACUGCAAGUAAUUUCACACAUUUCAAACUAUAGUGUUACUUAUCAGUCUUUUCAUAUUUCCACGCUUCUUGCAUCUGCCACGAUUACCCACACCCAGUGUUGACCUUUUUCCUAUCCUCUACUGAGUAUCACGUAGGCUAUUUUCUCUUUUGGCAUUCUCGGUACAUGUUCAGUCCAUUGCAAUCUGCCUUAUUUUACCAACCAUCCGAUGUCAGCAUGCUUCUGUACCUGAUCGAACUCGCUAUACCUUCACGCGUUUACGUCAUUAUGCAUUCUCUACUUGUUAAGCGUACUAUUUUUCUCUCAAAUACGCCACGUACUCAAAUAUCUACUGCACGAUACACCGAAAUCUCCAUCUAUGAACUAAAGCGAGAGUUCGUGAAUCGAACCAGUUUACGUUAUUUGGAAUUUGCUUAGUUUAAAAGGUUCACGUCACUUGGGAUUUGGAUAUUUUCAAAAUGGAUUUGAUGAGUAGGAGCUAGAAAACAAUGUUUGAAGUCGUUCCAAAAUCCAAGAUGGCGACUUCCGGUCUAUUGAUAUUCCUUGAAAACCCUUAUAAUAUGGAUAAUUUCCGAACGGAUUUAAAAAGUAGAGCCAGUUUCAACAACCCUUAAUGUGAUCACAAUCCAUUACCCAAGAUAAGUACAGAAGGAUAAACAAAAUGGCCAUAUGCAUGUAAACAAACAUUAUUUUAUUUUAAGAUAAACAAAUGGGACUAAAGACUUUUGUGCAUACAUUUUAUUUGAAAAUUGUGUUGGGAUAUCAUUAUGUAGCGUUUCUUUGGUCUAGAGUUAAUAGAGCGUAAUAGCUUGUUUUGUACAGAAACCGUAAGAAUGCACUCUGCUGGACCCGACGGUAUGCCGGCAGUUAUGUUGAAGCGAUGCUCUAGUGGUAUUAUAGUACCUCUAGGUCUUCUGUUCCGACUGUCACUCAUGACUGGAGUAUUUCCUGAUAUUUGGAAAUCUGCUUAUAUGUUUCCUGUGUACAAAAAAGGAGACAAGAAGAACAUCGACAAUUACCGUGGUAUAACCGCUCUUAGUGCCAUUCCUAAAUUGUUUGAGCUUGUCGUUCUGGAGCCUAUUUUUAAUCACUGCAAGCAAGGAUGGCUUUCAUCGUAUCAAAGAACGUUCACUGGCAACUCUUCACGCGAUUGAAUCAGUGCCAUCAAAGAGAGACGGAAAUCAUCGCAACAACAAAAAACCCGGCAUGGCUCAUUUAACAUAGAAGACACCAGUGCGAGAGCGAAUUUCUCUCGAUGAUCUGUCUGAGAAUCAAAGGUCAGCUCGCUGCUAUGGGGAUUCUCUCUGAAGUAACAAACGGUUGCUUAUUCUCGUUUCGCGAUCCGGUUUUAUACGGGAAGUUGAUAAUUGCGAUAGAAUCAUUUUACCAUUGCCGCUUAUUCUAACUAUAUGCAUAUAAACUUUGUAUAAGUUGUGUCUAUGAAAAUGUCUUUGAAUGCUCCACACAAGGGUUUUGAAAUAUUGCAACCUAGUAUGAGAAUCAUCAAGUUGAAUCAUCGAUUCGAUUUUCUGCGAUAAUUGUCAACUUGCGAUUCUCCUUGGGAAAUUCCACACAGCAACGAUCAUUAUGGGACUGUAAAUUUUUUUAAGGGUGUGAAAUACUCAGAGUAUGAAGUGGAGCGAAGAAAUGUAGCAAAAUUCUCUCACGGUCCAUGCAUUGAGAGACUCGAGUUCUUGUAGCAUCUUCUACCGGAUUGAAAAUGUUGUAUACAAUAUAGAUAGCAAUAUAGCAGCUUCGGCAAUCACCAACACUGAUUUUAAUAUUUGCAUAACACAUUGUACACAAUACUCUUACCAAGCGCUCAAAUGAAAACAUUCCACAUGCCAUAGAAAAUUACUUUGAAACUGGAUGUGAACAAAUAUAAUUUGCAAUGAUAAAUCUCGAUUCAAACUUUGAUACACUGCAUGGAUUUUAAUGAUCAAAUUACAAGCACAAAUAAUUUUGCCGUAGCUCCAUCAUAUCGAAUUAGCUGUAGCCGAAGACAGUCCUAAAUUUUGUUUACUGUUAAAUCGGAACAGAAUGGUCCAAUUAGCUGUCUAUAGUCCCACCUGGUCGGGAAAAAAUAUCAAAACGAAAAUCGUCCUUCAAUCAACAAUAAGAAACAAAUGAUCAGUUUUAAAAGUUCAAUGCAAAAUCAUUCAUAAAGUGGUAUAAAAAAAAACCUUAAGUAACUGUUAAUUUCACCGUCCAAAUAAAAUAAGAGAAAGGAAGGAUAACACCUAAAAUUGAACCGUACUUAAAAUCAUUGAAUCAAUAAAGAAAUCAUUUGUUUUUCCGUUACGCAAAACUUUUCAACAACAAAUUUCACGAUGGGAUUCCGAAGCCAUACUAAAUGCAAUUAAAUAAGUUAUACUGAAAUAAAUUAAGGUUAGUGUAAUCUAAAAUGACACAAUGUGAGUUAUAAAACAGUCAAAAAUAAACAUAUGUGCAACGUUUCAUUCGAAUAGGAAAAACCGGGUUCGUUGUACGACAAUUUAGUGGUGGAAUUGUGUCCCAAGGAAAAAGGAAAUAAAACGCUGAGGCAAGUAACUUCUUUAGUAAACACAAGAUUACAGUUCGGCCAGAGUGAACAAAAAUUAUCUUACAUGACUCGAACAAGUUAACGCGGAGUAAGCGAAAUCCUAAAUCCUGUCAAACGUACGAACGAACGCAAACCUAGACAAAUAUGUUAACCGUGUAAAUAAAAGAUUGCCAAAUCUGAUAAUUCAGUAAGAUGUUGUCCAUUGAAAGCUGUACAUUAUUUUGGCCGUUGAAUCUAUUAAGUAGGCGAACGUUUCUCGCUCCAUUUAAAAAGCGCGCUUCCACUAUAAUGAAUGGGAAAUUACGAUGAUACACUUGAAGAUUAGUGUGAUGGGUUCGUGGUUGACGUGAAAAGUUCGAGCAGUCGUAUGAAAUCGGGCAAAUCAUCGAAAGAAAAUAUGAGAAGAUUUUUUUAGGUGUGCCAUUGUCGAUCAAUUUAGAGAAAAAGUCCAAGAAAAUCACAGCGGUUAUAGAAAUUGUCCAGCAAAUUGAAUUCUCAAACAACCAAAAUAUAAUUUUUUCGAGUCCCGACCUAAACGAAUUUAUAAUUUCAGUAUGAUCGCAGCACUAACCAUGCUAUUAUUCGAUACACUAGGAUUCGGUUGCGAAAUUGAAACAAAAUGGUCGAUUUUUUUUACCAAAGGCAUUACAUUAUUACCAUUACCGGGACUUUGCAUGCAAUCUUGACCCGAGAAAAAAUCACUUUUGUAAACUAAACCGUUGAAAACAGGCUAAACGUUGACGGGGACACCAAAGAUAAAUAAUAAAGACAUGUAUGUGCUUACAAAUAUUUAAAAAAAAUCUGGUCCGUUCCCGGUACCUUCUUUAAUGACCGCACUCACCGCUUGAUGGAGCGCGAGAUUAAUUGCAUUGUUAUCAUUUCGACCAAAGUGUGCCAUGAAAUCUCAAUAUAUACACGCAGAGAAAAAAAUUGUAAAAAUAACCAAAUUUGGGUUCCCCCCAACGAAUAUUUUUAUUGAAAUAGUGAUAAAAGAAAAUCUGGUUUGAUAUUGUAAAUAUUGCUAAUUGAAACUACAAAACAUGAUCGUUUAUAUUUCUCGGUGGAUUAGUUUGUUUCAAUAAACAGUUUGAUAAAAAAAAAACAAAUAUUUUACUUGCGCGUUCCUGUCAACCUUUUGACAAACAAUUUCACAGUAAAUUCAACUUAAAAUAUAGUUUUAAAUGAAACGAACUCUAG